AUGUCUCAGUACGUUGAAAGUCGACAUCGGGUGUUUUGCUACGGACGUUGCAUUACCGGUCAAAACCAUAGCAUAUUUUGUCUUGCACUUCUAUUAAUUACGGUUACAUCUAGUCUUUUCUUUGUUUUUGAUUGUCCUUAUUUAACCAAAGAACUCAGCCCAUUGAUACCAGUUUUUGCUGCUAUUCUAUUUCUCUCUGUUAUUUGUUGUAUUUUACGAACUGCUUGUACAGAUCCAGGCAUUCUUCCUCGUGCAACACCCGACGAACUACUUUACUUAGAAAGGACAGAUAAUACACAAACAGUUGCGCUCUCUGGUCGAAUCAUGGAGCUUCAAAUGCGUAGUGGUCAUGUUCUACAAUUGAAAUUUUGUCAAACAUGUCGACUCUUCCGACCGCCGCGAGUAUCACACUGUUCAUUGUGUAACGCAUGUAUAGCAAAUUUCGAUCAUCAUUGUCCAUGGGUUGGAAAUUGUGUUGGUUUAAGAAAUUAUCGAUAUUUUUAUUUAUUUUUGUUCUCAUUAUCGCUGCUUUGCACUUAUAUUUUCGUUUUUAAUAUCGUUAACAUUGUUCUACGUUCGCAGAACAACUCGACAGUUGCAGAUGCCAUACGUGAAACACCAGCGACCAUGGCCGAAGCACUCAUCUGCUUCUUUUCAAUUUGGUCCAUUAUUGGUCUUUGGAGUUAUCAUACAUAUUUAAUUUGCCGUAGUGUAACAACAAACGAAGAUAUUAAAGAUACAUGGGCUACACCGCAUCGUGGAGGAAAUCAAAUCAAUCCAUUCUCUCGAGGCAAUGGAUUAGUAAAUUGUUUUGCUACUUUAUGUGGACCAUUACCACCGAGCUUUCUCAAUCUACGAGCGAUCGUCAAACAAGAGAAUAGCAUACCGAUGACAGUAACUGGUACGAAUAAUAAUAAUAAUAACACUUCGGACGGAAUCGUAAGAUACUUUCCUGAAGAAAAUGGGAACUACUCUAAUCAGGUGGGAAACACUUCUGGAAUACAUUCUACUCAGCAACAACGUUAUCUACCACGUGAUUACGCAUGA